CGUCACAAUCUCUUUGAAGAAACCAUUGAUCAGAUUUUCAAUUACUUUUUUUUUUUAAAUUAAUCACCGACAUCGAUUUCAGUGAUCUGAAAGUCUCUCCUCUGCGGAGCUGGAUUUUUGGUGAUUUGCAGCUGAAAUUGGGCUACUUGAUUAUAGACUGGGAAUGAGAUAUUGAGAAAUUGGAUCAGAGAGAUGAGUGAGGGCAAGCCGUACCAGCUGGGGACCAUUGGAGCUUUGAGUCUUUCGGUGGUUUCGUCGGUGUCGAUUGUGAUUUGCAACAAGGCGCUCAUUAGCACUCUCGGCUUCAGUUUCGCUACAACUCUUACUAGCUGGCAUCUUCUUGUCACGUUUUGUUUCCUUCAUAUUGCUCUAUGUAUGAAAUGGUUUGAGCACAAACCUUUUGAUCCAAGAGCUGUCAUGGGGUUCGGUAUUCUGAAUGGAACAUCGAUUGGACUUCUAAAUCUUAGUCUGGGUUUCAACUCUGUCGGUUUCUAUCAGAUGACAAAAUUGGCAAUUAUCCCAUGCACUGUCCUUUUAGAGACUCUGUUCUUCAGAAAAAUAUUCAGUCGGAAUGUCCAAGGAUCACUCAUUGUUCUUCUCAUGGGUGUCGGAAUUGCAACAGUGACUGAUCUGCAGCUCAAUGUCUUGGGAUCCGUCUUGUCUCUGCUUGCAGUUGCUACUACUUGUGUCGCGCAAAUUAUGACGAAUACCAUCCAGAAAAAGUUCAAGGUUUCUUCAACCCAACUUCUGUACCAAUCUUGCCCCUAUCAGGCAAUCACUCUGUUCGUAACUGGACCGUUUGUGGAUGGACUUCUUACCAACAAGAAUGUAUUUGCUUUCAAUUACACUCCUCAAGUACUGGCGUUCAUCGUGCUAUCCUGCUUAAUAUCAGUUUCCGUGAACUUCAGUACCUUUCUUGUAAUUGGAAAGACAUCUCCGGUAACUUAUCAGGUCCUAGGUCAUCUAAAAACAUGCCUUGUCUUAGCAUUCGGUUACGUUCUUCUGCGGGACCCGUUUAGCUGGCGGAAUAUUUUAGGAAUCUUGAUUGCUAUAGUAGGUAUGGUACUCUACUCGUAUUGUUGCACUCUCGAGACCCAACAAAAAGCCACUGCUGAAGCAGCACAAUUAUCUCAGGCGAAGGAAAGCGAAUCCGAUCCUCUAUUAAGUGUUGAAAAUGGAGGCGGCAUUUUAAAUGAAGGUGGUGCUGCAAGAGCUCCAGGGUGGAAUUCAAACAAGGAUUUGCAGGCAUAAAAUUUCUUCCACGCUUUUAUCUCAUUUAUCUGGGAAUCGAACUUUUUCAGCGAUGAAGAUUUCGCUGCGAGGGAUAACCGAUUAUGAGUUUCUCUGUUUCAACAGAUUCAAUCGUUUAUUAUUAAUACUAGUAGAGAGCCAUGUGUUUCGAUAGAUUGAUCUUUUAUUGAUACUAGUAGAGAGCUAAACGAUAUCUGCGUUUCAAUAGGUUCGAACUUUUUAUUACUUAGUAGUAGAGCUAAAUGGUAUAUUUCUUUUUGGAUGCAAAAGUUUUGUAUACGCUCGAGUGUGCCAAUAGAAUUGUUAAAUCUUCGAUAAUGGCGGUGUUGCGAAGCAAAUGUUGCAACUUUGAUAC